CUGUGAGUCUCCAUCAUCAGUCAUGAAUCUGCUGCUGCUGCUGCUCUGUGUCCUGCUGGAGAUCCUGGCCGUCAGCUGUCAGGAUGUGAUACAGGCCCGUAUCGUGGGUGGAUACGUUCCUGCACCAUACUCCAUCAAGUACAUCGUGUCAAUUCAGAGUGCCACGGGCCAGCACUUCUGUGGCGGGACUUUAAUUAACAAAUACUGGGUGCUGACCGCAGCACACUGCAACAUAGGGGAAGCCAACAUGAGGAUCGUGGCUGGAGAUUAUUCAGUGGGAUUAUAUGAGGGGAUGGAGCAGUUUCGCAGGCCUCAUAUGUUGAUACCUCACCCACAAUACGACAGAAGCACCAAUAACGCAGACAUCAUGCUCAUUAAGCUGCAGUCUCCAGUCUAUCUGAACAGCUACGUGUCUCUGGUGCCGCUGCCACGUCAGGACGCAAUGGUGGCCGUGGGUCGCCUAUGCAGCGUCUCCGGCUGGGGCUUUACCACUUCAACCGGAGGCAUCUCUUCAAUCCUGCGCACAGUAAAGCUGCCCAUCGUGUCCACCGCUGUGUGUAACGGCACAGACUCAUUCAAUGGAAACAUCACCGAGAACAUGAUCUGUGCAGGAUACAGUACAGGAGGAAAAGACGCAUGCAAGGGGGAUUCUGGAGGGCCUCUGGUGUGCGAGGGCCGCGUCUAUGGCAUUGUGUCCUGGGGCAAUGGCUGCGCUGAUGCCCAGUAUCCCGGCGUCUACACCGCAGUCUCACAGUUUCGCCAAUGGAUUGAUGCCACUAUAUUUGGCUUCUAUGGAAGAUGCCUUACGGACUAAACCUCAGUGUUACCUCAGCACUCCCCCAAAACAAACUUGAAACAUGCCAACUUUUACAAGCUUACAUCUAUUUGGAAAAGUUAGGACCUCUGAUGAAGUUCAGACAAGAAACACUGCUGUUCGGAAACGGCACAUCUGUUCCUCAACGGCUGGUAGAGAUUUUUUUUAAACACAGUAGUUUGUAUGUUCGGUAAAUGUGCCAUAUUGCUGCUUCUCUGUAAAGUUGCUGAAAACUAACCUUAGGAGGCUGAAGGAAUGUUUUCUGAAAAACACAACAACCACAAAUUAUAUUAAGUGGAAUGGUACAUGUAAGCAGGGGCAGACUUAACCAAUAAGAGAGGUAAGCAGCCGCUUAGGGCGAAUUAGGGGGCCCCAAUGUCAAGAAGCCUACUGUAUAUUAAUCAUA